GGAGCAUUCCAAAGUAAGAAAUAACCUCUGCGUGACCGAAGUUACCAGACAAUAUUGCCCUUCUAAAACCUCCAAAUGCAUUUCCUUUCCCUUAUGCUAAUACAUAGAAAUUCCUUUAAUUAACAAGGGUAAUUCUGUCCUCAAAUAAAUAAACCCACACUUCGCCUUUCAAGCCCUUUCUGUUCUUUUCUUUCUCUCCAAGCACUUUUCCCUCUUUAUUUUCUCCCUUUCUGUCUUUCGCUCUACAAUUUUUUUUCAUUCCCCAUAAUUGCCCUUCCAAUUUGGCUGAACUUUCUUUCAGCUAUGCUAAUCUCUAGAGUGGUUUUGUCACGCGCCUCAAGGAGCGUGGGUCGGCGGUCCCUCCUCCUUCUCUCUCCGUCGCAGAAACAACAGUUGCCGAUCUUCUCCAAUCAAAUUGAGUCUUUGGUUCAUGUAAACUCUAACCAGUUUGUUGCUGGCCAGGUGUCUUUGUUUCAUCAUUCAGCCUUCAGUUCCUCUCCCUUUCAACGAUUUGGAUUUACUUCAUCUGCUUCCCCUGAAGCUAAUGAAAAGGAGGGUAGCACUGCAGAAAAUAAUGCUGAUUCCACGAAUGUUGAGCCAGAAACAUCAAAUGGAGAUACCAAGCCUUCCAAUGAGACCAGGGAACCAGGUUUUAAAUCAGAAUCCCAACCAAAUAUAUCUGAAUCUACCAAAAGAAGGAGAAGAGGUACUAAACGAACUGCAUUUUCUGAUUCAGAUUCUGAUACUGAGGGUGAUCUGUCAAUGGAUGAUUUGGUGAAGCUUGUGGCGGAAAAGGAAGAACUUCUGAAGUUGAAGCACAAGGAAAUUGAAAAAAUGCAAGAUAAAGUUCUUCGAACAUAUGCAGAAAUGGAGAAUGUCAUGGAAAGGACAAAACGUGAAGCAGAGAACUCUAGAAAGUUUGCCAUACAGAAUUUUGCAAAGGGCCUGCUAGAUGUUGCUGACAAUUUGGGAAGAGCUUCUUCAGUUGUCAAAGACAGUUAUUCAAAAAUUGAUACGUCUACUGACACUGCUGGGGCAGUUCCACUCCUUAAGACACUUUUGGAAGGAGUUGAAAUGACUGAAAAACAGCUUGCAGAGGUAUUUAGGAAAUCUGGAGUGGAAAAAUAUGAUCCAAGAGACGAGCCCUUUGAUCCACAUAGGCAUAAUGCAGUAUUUGAGGUACCAGAUUCUUCUAAACCUCCAGGGACAGUUGCAGUAGUACUGAAGGCAGGAUAUCUUCUUCAUGAUCGUGUUAUACGGCCAGCUGAAGUUGGUGUAACCAAAGAAGUAGAGAAUGAUACAGCAUCAAACAAUUAGAGUUGUAUCUUUUGAAGACCUGACAAGGGCGUAGAUUUUGCAAAUUUUGCAUCCCUAAAGAAAACGAAAUGUAAUGUUUUCCUCCCAGUCCCCAGAGUAGCCUACUAUGAUUUAAUGGGCACAAAUUUUUUUCUCCAAAAUUCAUAAUUAUUAGCCAUAAAGUAUGAUAUGAGGGGGGAUUGCGGGUUCCUUUUGGGUAAACAUUCUUUUGAGCUUAUAAUACUUUUUUUUUUUAUGUUGACCAGAGGAAAAUCUUUCUUCCA